CAAACCGUUUCGCCGCGACGCACAGCGAGCAAGCCACCCAGAUCCCAGUGAAAUCGCUAGCGUUCACCACAAGGGCGGCCAGAUCAUAUAACGACUACGCUGGUUCUUGGCUCUCUGUUCCCCUAGAGCAGCGAAGUCGCCCGUUCACCGACGACAAAGACAACGACCAGCCAAUGUGAUGUAUUUUCCACAACAAUCCCCCGGUAUCACGCACAAACUACCCACCCACCAUGACCAGUCUGCUUGGGGCCGCGCAGCUUCCCACUCGAUCCUUGUUCCUCCAGGAUCACAACCAGUGGGCGUUGGUAUUCCUCCCUUACAGUCCCCGGGAUAUCCUCUAUACAAUGGCACAAUCCAGCAGCAUCAUCCAGGGCAUCACCCUCUAACCCAUGCACCCAUGCACCACCAGAACUCCCUCACUCAUUUCUCAUCUCCUCCGAACGGCCAUGCACAUCAACAACAGCAGCAGCAGCAGCAACAGUCCCAUCUGCUGGCUCAGGGCUCACCAGCGGGGCAGAUUAUAUCCACCCAUUGGCAGCAGCAGCUGCUCAAGUGUGAUAUGGUUCGACAAUCCCGCUCCCCGCACCACAGGGCAAGGGCCAACGCCAUGGCCGCGCGUACUGUUCCCAAAUCCGCAAUCCCUAUCACCAACCCCAACGCGAAAGCCACAUCUUCCACGCCUUCAAGCGAUAAGACAAAUGGGGCAGCGAAAGAUGGCGAUUCAUCUUCUACAUCCGACACCGCUAAUUCCCCCUCCAAUAACAGCUCCACCAAUCACCCUUCGUCCACCGUUGCGCCUGUCGCUGAAGCACCAAGGUUGACGACAAUCAAGCCUCCAGAGAGUACCUGGAACUCUUUGGAUAUGGGAGGCGUCAACAUCAAGAACCUUCCGCCCACAUCCGGUCUCUUCACCUUCACCUUCUUGAUUAACCUCUACCUCAACCACAACUCGCUCCAAUCAGUACCACCAGAGAUCUCUAAGCUUCGCCACCUUGAACUCCUUGACCUGUCUGGGAACGGUCUCCACAGUUUACCACCCGAGCUCGGCAUGUUGACACAGCUGAAGGAGCUUUACGUCUUCGACAAUCAGCUGACCACCAUCCCUUACCAGUUGGGGACCCUCCACCAGUUACAGACAUUGGGUAUCGAAGGAAAUCCUAUGGAAAGCCAUAUCAAGAAUAUCGUUCAGAAGGAUGGUACCCCCGCCCUCAUUUCCUAUCUCCGAGACAAUUGCCCCGCUCCUCCUCCCCCACCUGCUCGCGUAUGGCGGAAUCUGCUGACGGGUCCAGAAAGGGAAGCCAUCGAGAACGACCCCACCGUGGAGACGGUCUCUGUUUUGUCGUACAACAUCCUUUGUGAGAAGUAUGCCACAGAGCGGUUGUACGGCUACACUCCAUCUUGGGCGCUGGCGUGGUCAUAUCGCAAGCAUCAGAUCAUGAAGGAAAUUACAGAGCACGGUACCGAUAUCAUUUGCCUCCAGGAAGUCGACAUCGCACAGUACGAGGACUUCUUCUCGAGGGAUCUUGAGGAGCACGGGUAUGCCGGCGCGUAUCAUCCCAAGUCGCGAUCGAGGACGAUACACAACGAAUCGGACAGAAGGCUAGUAGACGGCUGCGCCAUCUUCUACAAGUCUUCCCGCUUCCAACUCGUUGAGAAGCAGCAUAUCGAGUUCAGUGCACUCGCGAUGCAGCGCCAGGACUUCAAGAAGACGGAUGACAUGUUCAACCGAGUGCUCGGCAAGGAUCACAUCGCCGUUCUCUGCUUGCUGGAAGACAAGGUUACGGGCACAAGGAUUCUGAUCGCGAACGUACACGUUCAUUGGGACCCCGCGUAUAGUGACGUCAAGCUUGUGCAGGUUGCUCUUUUGGUGGAUGAAGUCGAGAAGAGUGCCAACCAACUAGCCAAGUACCCUCCUCGACCACCCAAGUCGGCAACACCUGGGGCCGGAGAUUCCGAGCCUGGUAAACCAGAGAGGAACCCCCCUCACUACACCGAUGGCACCAAGGUCCCUCUCAUCAUCGCCGGCGAUUUCAACUCGACGCCCGACUCCAGUGUCUACGAGUUCCUUUCGACGGGUAGCCUUCCCCCGAACCACGCGGACUUCUUAUCGCACAAGUAUGGAAGGUACACGUCGGAUGGGAUGAAGCAUCGGUUGAAUUUGAGGAGCGCCUACGCCUCGCCCAGCCUGGCCGCCGAGCAGCAUCUGACCAAUUAUACUCCCAGUUUCCAAGGGGAGCUUGAUUACAUCUGGUACUCCGCGAGCAACCUUGCUGUGAACCAGAUUUUGUCUCCGAUGGAUCAUCGGUACUUGGAGAAGGUGGUUGGGUUCCCGAAUGUGCACUUCCCUUCCGACCACAUUUCAAUCGGCUGCGAGCUGCGCAUCAAGCCACCUCGAGAUCACUCAGCGAGGCCUCCACCACCCACCAAUUCAUCCCCAUCGCCAACAUCAUGA